AUGGAGAGAGGCGCUACCGAGGAAAAUGAGGACAAGCCCUUUGCCAUUCUGUGUUGGCCUAGCGAAUUAUGCACCGCUCCGGUACCGGCAGGAUGGAUAGUCGGUUGGAGCUCGAGUCGCAAGCGAUCUCGUUAUGAUAGUCAUGAGGUGAUCGUAUUGAAUGAAGCUAUCGAGGAGGAGGAGGAAUGGCCCUAUCAUGCAUUCGUAUGCGCAGUGCGAAUCGACCCUCCGAAGAGUCCGCACCAGAAUCGGAACGAUCCGGGACGACCUGCACCAAAGAGGCUGCAGUUGCUCGCACAGCAAAGUAUUUCGUGUUCAACGUGCGUGCUGAAAACAUGCUGGAAUCAUCUGGAUAUUGUUGGCUUGUGGUCACCCACGAAUGGUGGGAGGAUACCUUCCAUGCAGCACCAGUUCCCAACGUUUAAGGACCAGAAAGGGUUUCCCGUGCAACUCACUUCCCAAGAUUUCAACCACGCUACAGUCCAGCUCCUUCUCUAUGAGCGAGACGGUGGUCUUCUCUACCGUCACGAAGCGUGUCCUACAGACUCAUUUUUUUCUGGCACUCUAUUGAUACGACUUAGUCACGCGCUUACACUACUGCAGCAAAUUGAAGCAACUGUACAUUCACCGCACGAAUUCCGCUCUUCUCGCAUGCACUCCAGUGAUCCAUCUACUCAUGCAAACGUUUUCAAGAGUAGAGCUUCUAUCUACAACUUUCGACAGUAUUCCUUGCUAUGCCAACACUCUGGCAACCUGUCUACCACAGAUAUCUUCCCAAUUUACUCGUUCAUGAACGCAUAUAACCAGCUACUAGGCUGGAAAGACAACCAAACCAUGUCAAACUACGAACGUGCGGCCACAAGUCUGCAGUUGCGAAAUGAGACUUGGCGAACACUUGUCGAUGCUAUUCUCGGUACUUUUCUCGGCGUGUCCCUCGCACUAUAUAUUCGAAGUGCUACCGAGCACGGCGCCCUGGAGCGAGUGCGGGAAUUUCACUAUAAUACAUUGGGUGCUAGUAUCGACUGGCUGGGAAAAUCUCCCGUCGGCUUCAAGCUAAAUGAGCGUCUGUCGGAAAAUCUUGGCCGAGAGCUUAAUACGAUCUUGACGAUUCACAGAAGCCUUGUUCAGGCAAUGUUCAAGCUUGAAGUAUCAGCGGACUUUUUCGCAACCGCAGUCCUCCUAACCGGAGUUUUGUUGGGUAGUUCGGGAUUUUUUGCGCUUCUGCACGACUCAUUUCGCCUGGCGACGGCUCAUCUGACCAUUCUCGCUACUUGCUUCCGGCGUGUAUACCAAGCCGAGCUUUAUCUGCUAGCAGCACUUUGGCGGGUAUUUCGCGGUAAAAAGUGGAAUGUGCUGCGGCUUCGGACAGAUUCGAUGGAGUACGAUUCCAUGCAAUUGCUGCUGGGAACCAUUCUCUUCGCUGUUUCACUCUUUAUGUUUACGACCGUUUUGGUGCACCAUGUUUUCUUUGCUAUGCUUGACUUGGUGAUAAAAGGUGUAUCGGCUAUAUUGGUCGGUGGAUAUUGGACAUUGCAUUGCUUUCCAUAUGGGCAGCUUUUUUCACGGCUCCGUGAUCCCGGCUGGUUUGUCGCCAAUGUUUAUCUACGGGAUGUUUGGACGGCAAGCGGUUCUGUAUGCACUCGGCUUUCGGCUUCACUAACACCUCCGGAGGAAAUACUCACAUCAACACUACUUCCACUUCUUAAACGGAUUGCGGGAUUCUCUUUUGAUCACGCCAUCGCAAUCGUCACGGGCCAGUCAAGAGCGAAAUCGUUGAUUUCUAAUUCUAAUCCUUCUAGCUAG